AUGCUGAAAAUUUGUUUGGAGCAAGCGAAUUACUUUGUAUUCGCAGGCAAAUUCUACCGCCAAAAAUUGGGUAUGUUUAUGGGCUCCGCUUUGGCCCCAAUAUUGGUCGAACGAGUCAUUGAAGACAUUGUGGAAAAGGCGAUCAUCGACACAAACCUAGAUCCAGAUUUUUGGAACACAUACGUUGAUGAUCAUAUUACAUCAAUCCCACCUGAAAUGGCCGAUAAAGUACUCAAUAAACUUAACUCCUACAACCCCAAUGUUCAAUUCACAAUGGAAAAGCAAGACGAUGACGGCUCCAUUGUGUUCCUGGACACAACAGUGCACAACGAUGGAAACACACUCAAAACGAAAUGGUUCCACAAACCGAUCGCAUCCAAUCGACUGCUGAACUAUUAUUCUAAACAUCCAAAGAAUAUGGUCAUCAACACAGCAAAAUCGUUCAUCCGGCGAGUGUUCACGUUGAGCCACUCAUCGUUCCACCAGGAAAACCGAUUGACCAUCAAAGCGAUAAUGGACAAGAACAAUUUUCCGGCUAAACUGACUGAACGACUAAUCCACCAAGUGAACCAGAUGAUGUCCAGCCAAACAUCGAAAGGUAAUAUAAGUUACCCGCUCAUUAGCAGGAUGGAAAUUGCUGGCACGUCGUUAUCAGCCGAUGUAUCGGAAAUUAACUCACCACCACCGAAUGCAAACUCGACCAGAAUAGACACAACAAUAACACCAGCUGUUCAAACACAGCCAAAGAAAAAUCGGUUUGCAGGAAUGGCUUACAUUCCCGGAUUAACUCAAGCAGUUGCAAAGCAAGUCGGAAAAUAUGCACCGGAUCUGAAAAUAGCCCCAAGACCUACAAAUAAGGUGGCCAGCAUUUUCUCCAAUAUGAAACACAAACUCAGACCAGGUCAAUGUUCGAAUGUGGUGUAUAACAUUCCUUGUCGGAACUGCCCCAGAAGCUACGUAGGAUGCACGUGUCGCCGGCUCGAUGACAGGGAUGUAGAACACAAGAAAGACGUGGAAAACAUGGCCAAGAACAACAAAAAAACUGCACUGGUCUACCAUGUGUCCACCAAGAAACAUCAAUUUGAUUUUGCGAACAAAGAAAUUCUGAAAAAAGUCCGGUCAAAACGAACGAUCAAAAUACAUGAAGCGAACAAAAUCAUUCUUAAAGGAAAUUCAGCUGUGAACUUCAGAAAAGAUGCAGCUCAUGUAUCGCCAAUGUUCUACAAUCUGAUCGUGAAUAGUGGAAAACGCCGCCAUGUGAACCCCCCUCGAAGACGGAAUGAUGAAAUGAAUCUGCAACAGAUGUUUGAGUGA